AGAGCAGCUGAGAUGGCCGAAAAAUCCUUUCCAGGGAGACGAAGAAAAGACAGCAAGGAUGAACCUCCAUACCUGAGGCUGGUUCUCGUUGGGAAAACUGGAUCAGGAAAGAGCUCCAGUGGAAACACCAUACUGGGAAGAGACGCCUUCAGUGCAGCUGUCAGUCAGUCCUCAGUAACCAGGCAGUGCAGUAAGCAGACAGGCGAGGUGUUGGACCGACAGCUGACCAUCGUGGACACUCCCGGACUCUUUGACACGUCGUUACCUGAACACACCGUGAAGAGAGAGAUCUCCAAAUGCAUCAACAUGUCGGCCCCGGGGCCCCACGCCAUCCUGCUGGUCAUCAAGGUGGGACCGUUCACCAAUGAAGAAGAAGACGCCGUCAGGCAGGUGGAGGAGAUGUUUGGAGAAGACGCCUGGAAGUACACCAUCAUCCUCUUCACCCAGGACGAGAGAACCGGCCCGGACAUCGAGCACCAGCUGCAGGAGGCCGGACCCGAGCUGCAGACGAUCCUGAAGAAGGCAGGAAACAGAUACCACGUCCUCAACAACGAUAGGACCAACGAUCGGGGACAGGUCCUGGAUCUGGUGGAGAAGGUGGAGGAGAUGGUUGGUGCCAACGGAGGACAGUUCUACUCCAACUACAUCUACGAAGGGGCGAUGGAGAUGAUGCAUCAGAGAGAGGCUGAACUCAAACAGCUUUACGAGGAGAAAAUGGAGGAAAAGAUCAAAUCGGUGGAGUUAAAGUACGAGAAGAAGCUGAGUGGAGCUGUAGAGGAGCGCCAACAGGUGGAGAAGCGACUGCAGUGUGAGCUGCAGGAGGUGAAGAGGUAUUAUGGUGUCUUAGAGAGUGGAGUCCGUCAUGUUGUGGAGCAGACGGUAGAGACUGACUCCAUGGAAGACAUCCUCAAGUUUCACAUGGCCCUGAAACUGAAGUUCACCUCUUAAACGUUUCUUCUGACACCUUCUCAUCCCUAAAGACACACUAAGCUGAAUGCCAAAGACUCGAUAUAUUCAAUUCAGUUUUAUUCAUAGUAUCAGAUCAGUAUCAGGAGUUAUCUCAGGACACUUUACAGAUAGAGU